CAGAGCUGGAGACAGCGGGCGGGCGAGGAGCUGGCAGCGGCGCGGGGCAAGCGGGCCGGCCGGGGCGAAGGGCGGCCGAAGCCCGGGGGCUGCGGGGCUCGGGUGCCCGCCGGGCAGGACGAGGGGCUGAGCGCAGGCGGCGGAGCGGGGCGGCGGCUGAGGCGGGGGUGGAUGGCCACAGGGGCGCCGGGGAGCCGCGUCGGGCUUGUAGUCUCGGGCCCCCAUGGUCCCCUAACGAAGCCCCGGGGCCGCUGCGCGCUGCACACCGCUUUCGCCGGCCUUGCGCCUCUCGGAGUCUGAGGCUGGGAGUGUGAUGUGAGCCGCUGGGCAAACGGCGGAGAGAAGUGCCAAGAGGAGGGUUUGGGACGGGAGAAGAGAGUGAGUUAGUCAGCAGAGGUGGGCCGAGGGAGCCAUGAAAACAACUCUCCGCUGGGGAGAGGGGCGGGCACGGCGCUCGGUGCGGCGGGGCUGAAGGGAAGGCAGGCGCCCGCAGCGCGCCGGCUGCGCCGAGCCCGGCGAACGCCCGGCUGAGAACACCCUCCCGGGGCCGACCUCAGGCCUGGCCGCGCAGGGCUGGGGGUUGGCAGGCGUCACCCGGACAGCCCAGUGGAGUUCGUUUAGGGCUGGGGGCUGGGCGCGAGGAGAUGGCUCGUGUUUCUUUCUGACCCUCCGAUUGUGUAAACUUGGCCGCGGUUGCGGUAGGAAGGCUAGCCAGAGGGUGAUUGCACAGGUGAGGCCCCGCGGGGCGCGCGGAGCUCCUGGCGUGGCGCUAGGGGUCUUGAAGAAUUCCCUGAGCCCAGGCGCCAACCAGGUCGGAGAAUUUCUAUACCAGUGACUGCCGAGGUGCCACUGUUUCCAGCGGCUGUUUUUUACAAAGGGCGGUCUGAAAACGGAGCAGUAGCCAUAGAAUCAGCGGCGAGCCUGUUGAAAGAACCCAUACGUGUAUUUCACACCACUCUGGGUGGAAAUCGGAUGUGAAAAUGAAGCCAGACCGAGAUACUCUCGAUGAAUAUUUUGAAUAUGAUGCAGAGGAGUUCUUGGUUUCUUUGGCCUUGUUAAUAACAGAAGGACGAACACCUGAAUGUUCUGUAAAAGGUCGCACAGAAAGUUUCCAUUGCCCUCCAGCACAGUCCUGUUACCCAGUAACUACCAAACAUGAAUGUAGUGACAAGCUGGCACAGUGUCGCCAAGCCAGACGAACCAGGUCAGAGGUCACACUGUUGUGGAAGAAUAACCUUCCAAUCAUGGUAGAAGUGAUGUUACUACCAGACUGCUGCUACAAUGAUGAUGGACCCACCACAGAAGGAAUUGAUCUAAAUGAUCCUGCUAUUAAGCAAGAUGCAUUAUUAUUAGAAAGAUGGAUAUUGGAACCAGUUCCUCGACAGAGUGGCGAUCGAUUUAUUGAAGAGAAAACCCUUCUAUUGGCUGUUCGCUCAUUUGUGUUUUUUUCUCAGUUAAGUGCUUGGCUGAGUGUUUCUCAUGGUGCUAUUCCACGAAAUAUUCUUUACAGAAUCAGUGCUGCUGAUGUAGACCUACAGUGGAAUUUUUCACAGACUCCAACUGAACAUGUGUUUCCUGUUCCCAAUGUUUCUCACAAUGUGGCCUUGAAAGUCAGCGUUCAGUCCUUGCCCAGACAAUCUAACUAUCCAGUUUUGACCUGUAGUAUUCACACUAAUAUUGGCCUUUAUGAGAAAAGAAUUCAAGAAUGUGAACUUAAAACCCAUCAGCACUGCAAAUCUAAUGAAGCAGAACAGUGUAGUACAAACAAUCCACAGCGUCUGUGUAGCAAACAAACUUGGAUGGCACCUGAAAGCAUACUACAUGCAAAAAGUGGCACAGCUCCAGAGUAUACUUCCACUGUCAAAAAUGUCAAACUAUAUUCAGGCACUGAGAGUAAAUCUGACUGUGGAACAUGUCAAGCCAAUAUUCUGGGCUUCAGUGGUAUAGGAGAUAAAAAGUCACAUGAAACAUCAGUAAGAACUUUAAAAUCAUUUUCAAUGGUUGAUUCCAGUGUCUCGAGCCGCCAGAGUUCUUGGCAGUCCGUUGGUGAAACUAAUCCAUUAAUAGGCUCUUUAAUUCAAGAACGACAAGAAGUUAUUGCAAGAAUUGCUCAGCAUUUGAUUGAUUGUGAUUCAAGCACUUCACAUGUUUCUGGACAUCCAUUUAAUAAGCAAGAGUCUAGCUCACUUAAUUCAAAACUUUCCCGGGUUUCACAAGAAAAUGGAAAUGUGAGAAAAUGUAAAGAAACUUUCUCAAUUUCUUUUGGUAGUCCAGAACUUACCUCCUCAGAAGACACCAAAGAGGGAAAAAUACGAGUAAAACCAGAAAUGCCCCGAAGUGAAACUUGCAUUUCUCAUGGUCUUUAUUCUCAUCAGUCUAUUAGUGAAACUAAUCCUUUGAUAGGUUCUUUACUCCAGGAGCGGCAAGAUGUUAUUGCAAGGAUUGCUCAGCACCUGGAGCAUAUUGAUCCAACAGCAUCAUAUGUGUCCCGACAGUCGUUUAACAUGCAUGACUCUGGCUUGGUUCCUUCUAAAGUGUUUAGGAGUUCAUAUGAAGACAAAACUUUAUUGAAGAAAAACAAGGAUGAUGCCUCUGUUCCCAUUUCCAAUACAAAAUUUUCUUUGUUAGAAGACAUCAGUGAAGGGGAAAACUUAAUACUUAAUAAAUCUUUUAGUUCUUUUAAAUGCAAUGAAAAAGUCAAAUCUUCUUUGAAGCCUGAAAUAAGAAACCUGUAUCAGGACAAUCCUAGUGAAGUCAUCCAAAAUACAUUACAAGAGACACAGAACAAAGCCACUAGUUUGUUGACUCCCUCAAAUAUGUCUCAUUGGAAAGAAAAAAAUUCACAUUUAACAAUCAGAUUGGAAAAUACACUUUCUGAGUGUCAAUUUAAGGAGCAAGAAAUUAGCAAUGGAAUUGAUAAACAGUAUUCAAAUUGCAACAGUACUGACCAACAGAUUUGCACAAAUAAGCAUAAAGAAAAAGUAAUAAAAAAUGAAAAUUAUAAUCCAGAAUCUUUAAACAAUCGUCAAUUUGGUAAUUCAAAAAGGAAUGACUCAAAAAUAAAAGCUACUGUGCUGGAAAUGUCUGGAUAUCUGAACAAACAUGAAAACAAGUGCUCAAAUAAAGACUCAAAAAGGCCUAAGACAUGUGAGCAAAAUACUCAACUUAAUAGUAUAGAAAAUUGUCUCAAAGAAUAUGAAGGUUUCCAGUGUAAAAAGCCGGACCAAUUAAAAAAUGAACAGGAUAAAAAAGAAGAUCCAAGUGAUGAAAAAUCUCAAAACUAUGCUCAGAGAAAGAAUAUAAAAGACUGUUUGUCUACAUGUGAACGACUGAAAAAUACAGAGAUGUUGCAGAAGACCAUACCACCAAAACAUUCAGGUGUCUGGCGAAAACAUAAUUUUCAUUCCUUGGAUGGAACCUUAACCAGAGCCUUUCAUCCUCAAACUGGAUUGCCUCUUCUUUCAAGUCCUGUUCCUCAAAGAAAGACACAGUCAGGUUGCUUUGAUCUGGAUUCUUCAUUAUUGCAUCUGAAAAGCUUGUCAUCUAGAAGUCCUCGACCAUGUUUAAACAUUGAAGAUGAUCCAGAUAUUCAUGAAAAGCCAUUUCUGAGCUCUAGUGCUCCACCUAUAACAAGUCUUAGUCUCUUAGGAAAUUUUGAGGAAUCUGUCUUGAACUAUCGUUUAGAUCCCCUCGGCAUUGUUGAUGGUUUCACUGCCGAGGUUGGGGCAAGUGGUGUUUUCUGCCCCACACAUUUGAUGCUUCCAGUUGAAGUGUCAUUCUACAGUGUUUCAGAUGAUAACGCUCCCUCUCCUUAUAUGGGUGUGAUUACUUUAGAGUCCCUUGGUAAAAGGGGUUAUCGAGUACCUCCUUCAGGAACAAUACAAGUGACCUUAUUUAAUCCUAACAAGACUGUGGUGAAGAUGUUUGUUGUGAUAUAUGAUUUACGUGAUAUGCCAGCCAAUCAUCAGACAUUCCUACGACAAAGAACUUUUUCUGUACCUGUUAAACAAGAAAUGAAGAGAAGUGUUAAUAAAGAGAACAUCCAACAUGCAGAAGAACGGUUAUUACGCUACCUCAUACAUCUGAGGUUCCAGAGUUCUAAAUCUGGAAAGAUCUACCUCCAUAGAGACGUACGGCUCCUGUUCUCUAGAAAGUCAAUGGAAGUUGAUAGUGGUGCUGCAUAUGAACUCAAAUCUUACACUGAAUCGCCAACAAACCCUCAGUUUUCACCAAGAUGUUGAUAAGGAGUGACAAUUCAAAGUAUUUGCUCAGUACCCAAGUUUGAAAGUAAAUAUUAGUGUAGAGUGGAGUGUACCAAAUUAACAACCAGGAGAGUGGAUCUUCUCUUGUUAUCCUGGACCAGUUUUUAUUAAAGGAUUCCUGGAAUGAGAUCCACAUAUACCAAGUAGACUGGAAACUCUCAUGUCCUAGUCCUUUUUGUACUGUUGAAACCACUUCAAUGGACACGUUGCAAUAGCAGUCCCCCCACCCCAGUUAGAUUAGUGUUUACACAUUUUAUUUCUCAAUUAUUUAAUAUUUAAUGUUUUCCUUAAUACUCAAGUGAUGUUUGUCUCUAGUGUUCUAAUGUAGCACAGAUCCUAUGUAAAAUCAUACUAUGUAUUUUUGACAUUAAUGUUGAAAUCUGAAAUAUAUGCACAAGUCUUUAAUUUUG